GGCUCGGAGGAUAACCUCUAUCAUGUCGUUGCAAGAGCCACUGAUGCUCAAUCUACGGCCCUGCCAAAUUCUGGUAGAAUUCGGGUGCACACGAGCUGCUUGAGCUAUUGGAAUCUCGGUGAAUGGGAUGCCACUUUGGAGCAAUUAAAGGUCGUGGCCAAUUACGGCCAGCAGGCUACUCAAAUGACACUCGACUUGAUCAACAACAACAUGAACAACAACAAUCCAACCCUGCAUGCACAGCAAAGACGCAUAAUAGAUCUCUUCAUGGUUCUUUAUGGAUCUUCCAGGUGA